CGGCUCUCUGAUUGGCCGCUGGGUGGAAAUCUCCCCGCCCACCUUGGCCUUGUAUGGAAACUGUCUGUGACGUCAUGGCACGGGCAGGCGGAGGGGUAUAAAAACGAGAGACGCGAGUCAGCGGGAAACUCUUGAGGAUGACUGAGGCUCGGUGAGGAUCACAGCGAGAGAGAGACACCUGUAGACCCACACACAGUCCUGCAGUCAUGACUUGCAUCCACCCUCAGCACGCCCCCCCUCAGCUCGGGCCCCCGCUCUAUGAUCUUGGCCUGGGCAGCUCGGACCUCCAGAGCUCGGACUUUAUCUCCAGACUCAUCAUGGACGUUCCCCAGGGCCCCCCCACUGCCCCGGCCCUGCCCAGCAUCACCUCGCUGGCCGACCCCCACGACCUUGAUUCUUAUUCCUGUCAGUUCACGGCGGCCCCGGCCCCCCCCACUCCGGGCCUGGAGACCCCCUUUAAACUGGACGACUUCCAGGUGUACGGCUGCUACCCAGGGGGGGCCUUCACAUUGAGCUUCCCCGAUGAGGCUGCCUCCCCAGUGGGGUCGGAUUACACAUCCUCUCCCUCCACACCGCGCUUCCAGCCCUCCUCCGGCUGGGACCCGGCUUACAGCUCCUCUUUCUGGGGUCCGGACAAUCCCUCGGGGCCCCAGGAGGCAUCGUUUUUCACCUUCAGCUCCGUGGAGGAUCUGACCCAUCAUCAGGAUCCUUUCUCCCAGCAGCCUCCCCCCCAACCAAUGAGCUUCCCCCCCGGUCUGGGCAUGGAGGGGGGGUCCGAGCAGCUGGACGGAAGCUUAUCACCCAAGUUAAAGAACCCCGCAGGAAACGACGGCUGCUGCGCUGUGUGCGGAGACAACGCUUCCUGUCAGCACUACGGGGUCCGGACCUGCGAGGGCUGCAAGGGCUUCUUCAAGCGAACAGUUCAGAAGAAUUCCCGGUACGUUUGCCUCGCCUCCAAAGAGUGUCCGGUGGACAAGAGGAGGAGAAACCGCUGCCAGUUCUGCCGCUUUCAGAAGUGUCUGAGCGUGGGGAUGGUUAGGGAAGUUGUGAGGACGGACAGUCUGAAAGGUCGCAGAGGUCGUCUGCCGUCGAAGCCGAAGGUCGUUGUUGAGGCGAUGCCGGCCGCCGUCUCUCCGGUCAGCCUGAUUGCUGCUCUGGUCAGAGCGCACAUCGACUCCAACCCGGGAAUAGGGAAGCUGGAUUACUCCAAGUACGAGGAGACAGAAGUGAGUCCGAAUCCGAAAGUGGACGCCGCUGACGUCCAGCAGUUUUACGAGCUGCUCACCUCCUCCAUGGAGGUCGUCAGGAGAUGGUCUCAGAGCAUCCCGGGGUUCUCCGAGUUCUGCUCCGAGGACCGGGAGCUGCUGCUAGAGUCGGCCUUCCUCGAACUCUUCAUCCUGCGCCUCGCUUACCGCUCGGACCCUGAUCUGGAGAAGCUGGUCUUCUGUAACGGCGUCGUGUUGCACAGAGCUCAGUGCGUCCGAGGAUUCGGGGACUGGAUCGACUCGAUUUUAGAGUUUUCUCAGAGCCUUCAUCGCAUGAAGCUGGACGUGUCCUCCUUCUCCUGCCUCACAGCACUCGUCCUCAUUGCUGACAGACAUGGUCUCAAAGAGCCAAAGCGAGUGGAGGACCUGCAGAACCAGCUCAUCACCUCCCUAAAGGAUCACCUCUCGGGCUGCGGAUCCGACUCCCUCCAGCCUCAUUAUCUAUCCCGACUGCUGGGGAAGCUUCCGGAGCUCCGGACUCUUUGCACUCAGGGACAGCAGCGCAUCUUCUACCUGAAGCUGGAAGACCUCGUCCCCCCGCCGCCCAUCGUGGACAAAAUCUUCAUGGAUACGCUCCCGUUCUGAGAAGGAAAUCUGGGACAUAAAAUCUGGACUUUGUAUAAAACAACAGACUGAAGAAGUAGAAGCAGUGAGUUAUAAAACUGCACCGCGGCUUCUGGACCUAAAGCUGACUGUUUACAUGCAACAAGCUGGAAGCAUUUCUGAUGGAGGGACGAGGAUUGCACUGCCAAAACAGUUACACAUUUAAUGCAAUUAAUAUCUGUAACGAGCACAAAGGAUUUAGCAUUUUGAAAAAGUGCUUACAUUUCUUUUUUAACAGUCUUUUGACUUUAAAUUGCACCUUAAAUAUCAAAGCAGGGCUGAACCAUUUGGGGAAAAAUAUCUAAUUGCGAUUAAUUUUCAAGGGAUGACAAGAUUAUACACACACAAGACUAAUCACAAGACACAGCUGGAGGGCAACAGGUGAACACAAUCAGACAAUCAGGGGGAAACUAAAAGACACUUCCGGUUUAAAUGAAGCCCCGCCCACUUUCAGGUGAACAUCCUGCAUUAAAAUAAUCGUGUCUUCACGUCUUCAAGCUGUGAGUCAUAUAUCGCUCCUCCAACAACAAAUAGAUCCAGAGCUCCGGUUUCUUUACUUCCUCUCCAGAAAAAAGGAGAGUAAAGAAAGGAUCAGAAAUCUCAGUCUCAGUGUCAGCCUGCUGCCUGCCACUCGUCCCCCGCAGACCCACCGGACAUCCAUCCCCUCUUUAUUCUCCGUAAGCUGUCUCUGCCGGCUGACCAGACAUCUGACCCCAUCUCCAUAUCUCUGGACUCAGUAAAUCCUUUCUGACCGACAGAGAGAUUGUUUCCUGCGAUUUUGUAUAUUUGAUAAUUGCGUUUAAAUUCCGGCGUAUUGUUCAGCCCUACGAUGAAGCAUUAUGAUUGUAUUCCCAGCAGAAGUAUUACAAAUGUCAGAUCAGAUACUUCAUUUACUCCAGUAUAUUUUCAAUUAUUCCACCAACAAGCCUCUCCCCAGUCCCUCAGAGCUCCAGUUCUCUGUAAUAUAACCACUGUAUGUGUGUGGUUAUAGUCUGGUAGGUUAACCCUACAGUAUCCUUCAGUGGUAUAAUUCGUGUAUCAUGAAUAACACUGAGCAGCUGUGUGUGUGUGUGUGUGUGUGAGAGACACACAGGCACACAUAUUGUGUGUAGAUUAUUUUUAAAUCUGUGUUUGCCACAGGAACUGUAUCCUACAGUUUGAGGAAAUGUUCUUUUGUUUCUGAUUAUUUUUACAUGAUAAAGUUUUAUUUUACUGCAGAAAAAGAUGAAAUAAAAUUGAAACUGUAUUUCA